CCCUCUCUCCCUUCGCUGUCCACAAGCAAGAUGCCUGGCGUUACAGUGAAAGACGUCAACCAGCAGGAGUUUGUCCGUGCCCUUGCAGCUUUCCUGAAAAAGUCAGGAAAGCUGAAGGUACCUGACUGGGUGGACCUUGUCAAGCUGGGCAAGCACAAGGAGCUGGCCCCCAGUGAUGAUAACUGGUUCUAUAUCAGAGCUGCAUCCACAGUUCGCCAUUUAUAUCUUCGAGGUGGCGCUGGUGUUGGAUCUAUGACCAAGAUUUAUGGCGGCCGCAAAAGAAACGGUGUGUGCCCUGCCCAUUUCAGCGUAGGAUCGAAAAAUGUGGCUCGUAAGGUCCUGCAAGCCCUUGAGCUUCUCAAGAUGAUCGAGAAGGAUCCCAAUGGUGGGCGACGACUGACCUCCCAGGGAACCAGAGACCUGGACAGAAUCGCUGGCCAGGUUGCUGCUGCAAACAAGAAAUCUGUUUAAUAAACAUUUUGUGGGAAAAGUCAAA